AUGGACCAGAACCCGGAACAAAUGCGCAACAGCCCUGUAAAGGCCCCGGUGAAAAUCAUUGUGGAGGCCCCGAUGGACAUCACUGUGAAGGCCCCGGUGGACAUCAUUGUGGAGGCCCCGGUGGACAUCACUGCAGAGGCCCCGGUGGACAUCACUGCAGAGGCCCCGGUGGACAUCACUGCGGAGGCUCCGCUGGAAGAGUGGCAUGACAGUGAUCAAGAAUCCUUUAGAGUAGUCGAUUAUCAGACACAACUUUCUGCUGCCAUGUUAGAUAUUACGAAUCCUGUCUCUGAAGACUCAUCGCAGUUAUCAGAUAUAAUGCACGAUGCUUCCUUGGAGGGGCCAUUCGGCUGGGGGCCUCUGGUUUUCCGUUCUUUGCAGCGUUUCAACAACAUUAACUUCUUCCUGCUCUCGUUCUGUAUAUUAUGCCUAGCUCAAGGUAUUACAUUUGGUCUUACUGAUGUGAGUACUGGAAAUUUUGAGAAGGAUUUUUAUCUGUCACCUGCAGAGAAAGUUAUAUUGACCAUCGCUUAUGAUCUUGCAUCUUUAUUGGUAGCAAUACUUGUAGCGCACUAUGGAUGUAAAGGGAACAGAUCAAAGUGGUUGGCAGCUGCUGCCUUUUUAGUAGGACUUGGCUCAAUUAUAUUUGCUGUCCCAUACUUGAAAUAUGAAAUUGUACGACCAGUGGAAGAAAUCGAAGAGUUGUGCCUAGAUGAAGACCAAAGAACAAUGGCAAGUUGUGAGAAAAAAAUAGUACCAUUCAAAUCAGAAAUUAUCAGUCUUUCCAUCAUCGGGCAGUCUCUGCAGGGAUUUGCAGGGAUGCCGCUGUAUAUCCUUGGUGUGACCUACAUCUAUGACAACAUUUCCAUGUACAUGGCGGGCAUCUAUUUAGGUAUUGCAGAUGCAGCACAAAUACUGGGAUAUGGUCUAGGCUGUGUAGUGGGAUCACCAAACCUUAAGCCUUCAUUUAAUCACAGUUCUAAGGAAGUGGUAAAAGAUAACUUUCUUCUGUGGCAGUUCAAUUGGUUUGUUGGUUUUCUGAGUGCCACUCUGCUUGCGUGGUUCACAUUUUUCCCAUUUUUAUGUUUUCCACAUAGUUUACCUGGUGCACACAAGCUAAAGCAAUGGAAAGAAAAGGAGCCUCUCUCUUUUUACAAGAAGCUUAAAAAAAUGAAAUAUGGAUAUCAGUUACAGGAUUUGUUUCAUGCUCUUUGGUGUCUGUUGAAGAACCCACUACUGAUGUGCUACUCGAUGUGCAAAGCCACGGAAUCCUUGGCUUCUAUUGGAGCUUCAGAAUUUUUGCCCAAAUAUUUAGAAAAUCAGUUUUUGUUAUCACCCUCACGUGCCACUCUGCUCACAGGAAUUAUUUUAGUUCCAGGAGGUGCAGUUGGCCAUUUUAUGGGAGGUUUCAUUGUUUCCAAGUUGAAAAUGUCUUGUAGAAGCCAAAUGAAAUUUAUAAUGCUAACAUCUAUUAUAUCACUUCUGCUUUUAAUAUUAAACAUUUUUGUAAAGUGUGAAAGAGUGAAAUUUGCUGGAAUCAGUGAGGAUUAUGAAGGAUCAGGUCAUUUGGGGAACCUCACAGCUCCUUGCAAUGCACACUGUGGUUGUACAAGUUCCAUCUAUGCUUCUAUAUGUGGAAGAAAUGAGAUUGAAUAUUUCUCUCCCUGCUUUGCAGGCUGCCUUGCUUCUAAAAACCUACACUAUGAAAAGACGUUCUACAACUGUACUUGCAUUAAACACGGGAUGUCCCAGGCAGAUUCCCAAAAGGAUCCCAUUGAUGCCACUACUGGGAAAUGUAACACCAAUUGUUAUGCACUACCUUUGUUUUUUGCUUUUUUCUUUUCUUCAAUUGCUUUUUCUAGUUCAGCUAGUAUACCAAUCACCUUGAUUAUCCUGCGAACUUUACCCCCUAAUUUACAUUCACUGGGCAUAGCUGUAACCUAUACAACCCUGAGAUUAUUUGGAACCAUCCCUGGACCACUACUUUUUCAAAUAUCAGCAAGCAGUUCUUGUAUUUACUGGGACAUUAAUGAAUGUGGACUUAAAGGACGUUGUUGGAUCUAUAAUAAGUUUAAAAUGAUGUCCAUAUUGAUGGGAUUAUGUAUUUUUUGCAAAUUGGCUACAACCUUGCUUACUCUUUUCGCACUUUUUAAAUAUAAUGUUAUAAGAGUUGGAAGUGAGAAUGCAAAGAAAAGAAAAGGAACC